AUGCCCCCUUCUUCUUCCUUCACACCAAAACCCUUCAAAUCUUCUUCUUCUUCCUCUUCUUCAAACACUGCAAACACCAACUCCAAUCCAAACUCAACAUCCCUUCUCUGCAGACACUCUCCAUCAGCGACUCUUGACCUUCUCAUCCUAAUUUUAGUCCUUUUCUCCGGCACUUUCCUCUUGACUUCUUACUUCUCUUACAUCUUCAACUCCCUCUCUCUCCUCCUCUCUAACACCUCCCUUUCCCUUCACUUCCCCCUUUCCCUUACAUCUGUGGCUUCUUCGCUCUUUUUAUUCUCUCCAUCCUUUUUAUUGAGUUCUGCUGCGGACCCAGAUCUCGAAAGUGUGAUAAACCUGGCUACUGAGGAUUGUGUUAAAUCCAGUGCUGGUAAUGACGUUGAUAAGUUGCCUUGGAAAGGCGGGACUGAAUCCAAUCCUGAUUAUGAGUGUUUGAGAGCUGAAUUGAGGAAGAUGGGUCCGCCUAAUGGGAGGGCUAUUUUGCUUUUUCGUGCUAAGUGUGGUUGCCCUGUUGCUAAGUUGGAAGGCUGGGGACCUAAACGUGGUCGCCGGCAUAAAAAGGGUGAGGUUAACAAUAGGCACUUUCACUUGAUGUGCUUCGUUUUGUUUUCCUUUUCCAUAAUGUGGUUGCUUGUUGAUGAGUCAUAUGCCAAACCAUUUUCUAGUGCCUAUGGAUUUGAUACCGCUAUGUGUAGCACUAUAGCUGUUUUGGAUGAGUUUGGUGUGGGGUUGCCCAUUUCAAUUUGGGCUCAGUUGACUUGUGAUUUAAGUAAGUGCUGUGGAAGAUCUUUUAAACUCAAACCUGUUGAACAAAACUGGGCUCUGGCUAAUGUGGCUGCUAAUGGAGGAGAUCAUCGUUGA